ACCCAGGUUGACGCAUAUGCCGAAUGAACUGAACAUAGCGCGUUGUGUAAUCUAUACGAUAGUUAUGGUACCCUUGUUUAGCACUGCGAAUCUUCUUCUCAUAGGUGUUAGCCUAAAAACUGUUUACGGAGCUUCUUCCAAAAUAUCGUGUAAGAAUGCAAUGGGUUUUCCUGUAGACUGGUUUGUUAUUUACAAGCUGCCAAAGACCAAGGAUCAUAGAAACACGAAGCAGCUUGAUGGUGGCGAGAUGGCGUAUUACGGCAGUGAUUCAGAAAAUUCAGAAUGGGAAUUGUUGCCUUUCAGCAUUUACUUUAGAAAAUCAAACCCUGUUAAAGAGACGCUAGCACCGAUAUAUAAUGAAGCACAGAGAGAAGUGGCAUUUCUGGCAUACAACGAUCAGCCACCCCGUGGGUUCCGUAGUAGAAGAGGAGGGCACACGAAAGCGCUUCAUCUUCACAUUCAAGAGGCCAAUGUCUACCAAGCCCGUGCGCCAGAGUGGGCACACGCCUUCAGGAAAUUUUGGCUUUUGCUUCGCAAGAAGUACCUGAGGGUCAAAAAGGCUGAGUUAAGAGUUGACUACCUAAGGACAAAUGGGAGGACGCCUGUAAUUAUGAUUGCCAAGCCUCCUCGAUUGUUUACAGAUGUCUACACAAAGGACUUACGGAAACGAAUGAACGACAGCAUCACGGUCCAGUCCUGGAGAAAUGGUGCUGGCGGUGCCCAACAGAAGUACUGCUCCAUAAAAUACAGUGUCACUGAUGUCGAGACCAUCGUGAUCCGCACGGAAGAAGAAAAAUUCUAUUUUUCAACCAGAGAGGACCACAGCAAGUGGUACAUCACAAGAACCAGUGGAGUAUUCUGCUUUUCCACCUUGAAUCGCAUGCUAUCCCAAAGAAAACGAGGCGGCGAAAUUACGUGUAUAAAGGAGAAGCCUCUGGCGAAACUCUUUGAGAAGAGUAUCAAUAAGCGCAGUAAUUGUAGAAGAAAAUGACAUAUUGAAUGCACCGAUAUCUGCACAUAUCAACAACUACAACGUUGCCAAGAAGAAUCGAAGUCAUCUACUUCCUCCAUCCACUGAAUGCCAUUUUUUUCUUUCGCGUGGAGCGUUAGUUCGCAGGCAUAUAAUGGUCACUUCAACGGACUUCAAAUAUUAUUGUUAUUUCGCACGGCCCAGCAGUAUCCAGCAUUGGCGUGUACAAAGGCCUACACUA